UCGCUUUAUCCCAGCCCCGAUGCCUCGUCCUCACUCCAAUGAACCCCGCCUUGCUCUCCUGCCCAUUCUCCGAGGUCGUGCCGCUUUGGAAAGCCGAUGUCGCACGUGUUCCGCGGCCAGGAGUGCGCGGGGAGCCACGAAGAAGAUGAUAAGAAGGUAAGGAGGAGAGAGAAGAACCGAGUUGCUGCACAGAGAAGUCGGAAGAAGCAAACGCAGAAAGCAGAUAAACUUCACGAGGAAUAUGAAUCUCUUGAGCAAGAAAAUACCUCCCUGAAAAAAGAAAUUGGAAAGCUAACAGAUGAAAUGAAACACUUGAGUGAAGUUUUGAAGGAUCACGAAAAGAUCUGUCCACUAUUGCACUGCACCAUGAACUUUGUGACCGUACCAAGACCUGAUGCACUCAGCAGCUGCCUGCCCAGAUGAGACAAUUCCUCAACCGUUGUUGUGUGAUGUGUGAAAGUGCCAGUAAAAUGGGAGAUGUGAAGAACUGCCUGCUUAAGGUGCUACCUGCUUAAGGAGAUCUACCCUUGAAGAGGGCUGGACUUGCCCACACAGUUGUUCUCCACGUGUUUCAGUUUUCUGAAUCUUGGGAAAGCAUCAGCAUAGGAAAAAAGACAGCUUGUACUACAACUCCUUUCUUUGGUAGAAUCUCCGAGCCAUGGUUUUGCAUUCAGAAAUAUGGUGCAAUGCAGCCCACCAUCGCUCAAUGGAAUGUAGACCGGGAAAAGUACCAGCCUUGGGCUGAGAUGCCUUUCUCCCACACGCUCACCACUAGCAACCCUUUGUCAGUUGUCAUCCUUUUGUAUCAGAUUCUGGCUGCUGUUUUUUGGGGGUUUUUUUGUUGUUUUUUUUUUCUUUUUUU